UGGAAUUUACGUUACUCCAUAGUUGAAGGAAUAACACACAGAGAGCAAAAGCUAUUUGAAAAACAAUGGCCAUGGCUUCAACCCCCUUCAUCUCCUUAAAUUUCCCGCUUCGUCCUUCUUCCUCUCUUCUUAAUCCCUCCAACACUUGCUUUGCAUUCCCAAAAUACCCUCCUAAACGAGCCAAAAUCUCCACCCAACCACUUGCGUGUUCAUCCCUUGACUGGCCUCCUGAAGGCUAUCGGAAAAACGUUGGUAUCUGUCUCAUCAAUUCUUCCAAAAAGAUUUUUGCAGCUUCAAGACUCACUGUAAUCGAAGCUUGGCAAAUGCCCCAGGGUGGUAUUGAUGAGGGUGAAGAUCCGAAAGUUGCAGCCAUAAGAGAAUUAAGAGAAGAAACUGGAAUUUGCACAGCACAAGUUAUUGCCGAGGUUCCUCAUUGGGUGACAUACGAUUUCUCUCCCGAAGUCAGGGAAAGAAUUAAACAUAUGGGAUACUUCUUGAAAGGCCAAGUUCAGAAAUGGUAUCUUUUUAAGUUUACUGGGAAGGACGAAGAGGUCAAUCUUCGGGGCGAUGGGACUGAGAAACCUGAGUUCGGCGAGUGGUCAUGGAUGACAGCGGAACAAAUAAUUGACCAUGCGGUGGAUUUCAAGAAGUCUGUUUACAAGGAAGUUUUGACAGUUUUCACUCCUUAUCUUCAGUAA